AUGCCGCUUUUGGUUGCUCCGAGAAGUUCGCAUGGAGUGGCCCUUGUAGACCACCAACAUCACCACCAUCAUCAGCGUCACGUGGGUCAUCCGGGAGUCUUUGACCUACAACAGCCGCAGUAUCAACCCCCGAACCACCCGAAGCAGUGCUCAACGGCAGUAACGCACGAAGCCGCGUCUCAUCAUCAGCUCGUCAGUUCGAGAUCCGCAGACCUUGCGGUGGACUUCAGCAUGUCGAAGUUUAAAGCCUCUUCGAGACAUUCGCUGUACCGGCAGUUUUACGGUGGAGACGAGUCACCACCUUACGAAAAACCGGAAGAAUCAGAACCCGCCGAGCCGGAAGGGCGCGAAAAAUCCUUCGGUAAAGUUUGGCUCAGCAACGAAGCCCAAUGGCAUCAUCCGAUUGCGAUGAGUCCCGGUCAACCUCCGGCAGUUCCGACAGUGGCAGGAUCUCCGAUGCCCACGGCAGCGCCUCCACCACUCAACAUGUCCUUGCCACCGGCGUCUGCGAUGGGUUUGCAUGCUUCUCCGCACCAGCAGCCGCUGUACCUGAACCCAACUAGCCUGAUGAGUCUCCGAGAGAUGAUGAUGCAGAGUCCGGCUGGAUUGAGUCUGCUGAAUGCGGACAAUUCUGGACCACUCGGACUGCUGAAGCGCUCCAUGCUUGAGUCCAUACCUUCCGGGUCGUCACCAGCACCCUUCUCGCUAGGACUAAACCCACUAGUGGGUCUGACGAGUAGUGGCCCUUCCGUGGCCGCCGCCACAGCCACUUACAGCCUGCCAUCGAUGAUCCCGACAACCGUCGGCUCAUUAUCGCAACACGAGCCCCAACAACUGAUCAAGAAGGAACGCGACGAAUCCGACAUCGAGAUGGACGACAGAGAUGAGGACGAAGACGGCAAACCCUCCAAACACCGGCGUACGCAAUCUCCCUCGCUACACCGCCCCCAACUGUCACCACCUUUCCGAGCUUCGCCACCCUCGACCUACUACCGCCCAAGCACGCUGCCAUCACCAGCCAUCGAUCAGGUCCUGCCGCAUCGAUCUUCGGCGACCGUCUCCCAUCAACCACAUCUAUAUCACACCGGUGGCAGCUCAGCAACGUCCAGCACGGUAGCCGCACUGCCGUCACAUCAAAGACAACAUCAAAGGGAUUCCGCGGAGCGCGAGCAACAUCUGAACGCGCGAGCGAAAAACGAUCGCGACGGUCGAGAUCAUUCCAAGGCUCAGGGAUCGCCAUCACAGCAUCACCUUCAUCAGUUGCCCUUCGUGGCGGGUCGCGCUGAACUGGAGCUUUUUCGCGAUCAGCCCCAUGACGGAUCCGCCCUUAGGCCAUUUCGAGUGGCGCUUUCGGACUCCGAGCCGGACGUGGAGCUGGAUGAAGGAAGAAGAAAAGAGACGCGACCUGCCCAUCGCGAGCAGGACGUGACUGAGGGCUCGAUAGGGCCAGACGGAACGCUUCACGAGCGCGAUCUUCGCUUUGGUGCAAUGGCGGCCAACGAGAUGCACCUUCGAAGGCACCCGCAACAGACUACGCGCAGCAAAUCCUCUUCGCCUGGUGAGUAG